AGUUGCCCAGACCUUCUAUCUAUAAAAAAACCCGUUUGCAAAAAGUGAUCUAGACCGUUUUGAUUCAGCAGAUGUUUUGAUACAGCUAAGGGAUUUUUCAUUGUUUUGUGCGCCUCGCUGUCCGCCUUUCCCGACUCCCUAAUCUUCCAGCAGAGUUGAUUGUGAGAUCGCAGGUCGUGAGGAUGACGACAGUUCGAGUGUACUGCUCGUUGAGUGCUGUUUUAUUGUGUCUGUCUGCAUGUUUGAACACAAUAGAAGCUGGAGUCGUAGCAAAGCCAGGACAGUGUCCAAUCAGAAGCUCUGCAGUAGGACUGUGUGAUGAUGUGUGUUCCAAUGACAGUGACUGUCCGAACGAUGAGAAAUGCUGCAUCAGUGGAUGUGGAUAUCAGUGUAUGGCUCCAUAUACAGCCGAACCGUUAACGCCUGCAGCCGACCCACAGAAUCAUCCUGUGACGUCUGCAGCCAAAACGCAGAAUCCUCCUGUGUGUGUUGAAAACGGUCGCCACCCCCACGCUAAUGGUGAAUGUCUUACUCCUAUGGUGAGGAUGGGGUAAUGGAAGAUAAUAAAGAACAUGGCCAUUCAUAACUGUGCUGUUUCAACCAAUGGAUGUUUGGAUGUCUUCCCUGUUUAUCACCAAAUAAAUCUCACUGAGCAAGAUGA